AGAUGCGAGCUGAUAUUAGUGAUAUUUGAAGGGAUACUUUCAGAAUUCAGACGAAUCUUCGAAAUGUACGUUGCUUGUCUUUGAUGAAACUCAGAUUGUGCGAAGUAUACCUACUUCUGAACAGAAUGGGUAGGGUAAAGUAGAGAAGGGUUUAUCUGGUUUAUCUUUAUCAUCUUGUUAUUCAUUUCAUUUGUGCAUUGAACAAGCAUCAAGUAAACACACGUGUUUAUUGUACCUGGAGUCCUGGAGGCUGAAGUUUUAGGCUAUCCUAACGUAAAAUUAUCGAAAUGGCCGCAUUUUAUCGUAAAGCAUUGAAAACAAUUUAUGAAAACCUGCCCGAGGACAUGAUAUUUCAAGAUAUUCAUCCCAUCAGUAUCAUGAAACUGCUAGUUCAUUUUGCGUUGGUCACGGAUCUCAAAGCUAAACUCAAACAAGGUGAUACGGAAACCGAGAAAAUUCCUCACAAUUGGUAUCAAUCUGAUGGCCGGGGAGGUUUAGAGUAUACACGAAAUGGACGGAUCUAUCGUGUGUAUAUCCUUGAUUUUAGUUCGUCUGAUCAUGACGAACGUAAUGACGAUCUCACCAUUAUGAUUCGUCAUUUGGAAGCAGAAGAUCAUGGAACAAUUUCCAUGAACAACGACUUACCAGGCAAUUGUUCAGAGGAGCGAGCUCGUAUCGAUGAAGAACGGAUUAAAGAUAUAAUUGCCGAAUACGUGACUGCGCUGCGCGACUACAUGGAGAAUAUUGAGUCUGGAAAUUUUACACCCAGAGAGCAGUUCCCUCCUAUUAACGACCAGUUGGAGUGAUCUUAUACUUUCAGUUAGAAUUCAGACGAAUCUUCGAAAUGUACGUUGCCUGUCGUUGAUGAAACCCAGAUUGUGCGAAGUGCGAAGUAUACCUACUUCUGAACUGGAUGGGUAGGGUAGAGAAGGGUUUAUCUUUAUCAUCUUGUUAUUGUGCAUUGAACAAGCAUCAAGCAAACACACGUGUUUAUUGUACCUGGAAUCCUGGAGGCUGAAGUUUUAGGCUAUCUUAACGUAAAAUUAUCGAAUCAGAAAUGGCCGCAUUUUAUCGCAAAGCAUUAAAAACGAUGUAUGAAAACCUGCCAGAGGACAUGAUAUUUCAAGAUAUUCAUCGCAUGAGCAUCAUGAAACUGCUGGUUCAUUUUGCGUUGGUCACGGAUCUCAAAGCUAAACGCAAACAAGGUGAUACGGAAACCGAGAAAAUUCCUGACAAUUGGUAUCGACCUGAUGACCGGGUAGGUUUGGACCAUGCGUAUAUACGAAACGGACGGAUCUAUCAUGUGUACAUCCUUGAUCUUUCGUCUGAUCGUGACGAGCCGGAGCGUAAUGGCGAUCUCCCCAUUAUGAUCCAUCAUAGGGAAGCACAAGGUACUGGAACAAUUUCCAUAUUCACCGACUUACCAGGCAAUUGUUCAGAAGAGCGAGCUCGUAUUGAUGAAGAACGGAUCAAAGAUGUUAUUUCCGAAAUAGUAACUGGGCUGCGCGACUACAUGGAGAAUAUUGAGUCUGGAAAUUUUACACCCGCAAUACCGUUCCCUCCUAAUAACGAUCAGUUGCAGUGAUCUUAUACUUUCAGAUGUCUAUCUUCAUAAAUCAACAAUUAUUUGUAAAUUGAUGUCUUUCUUCUUCGAAAUGAACCAUAUUUCGAUAAUAAAAUUCAUACAUUCUGUACAA